CUGGAAGCCCGGCCGGAGGAGCCGGAGCCCGUGUUCGGACCUGACAUCGAGUUGAUCCGAGCGCUUGCUGCGGUGCUCGACGAGGCAGGCCUCACCGAGAUCGAGAUCGGCGAAGGCGCAAGCCGCAUCCGCAUCGCGCGCACCGCCGGGCCGCUCGUGGUGCCGCCACCUGCGCCCGCCGCACACCCCGUGCAGGGCACGCCCGUACCUGAGGAGGUCCCGCCGCCUGGGCCGGCCCAGGACGAUGCCUCCCACCCGGGCGCGGUGAUUUCCCCGCUCGUGGGCGUCGUCUACGUGGCGCCGGAGCCCGACGGGCGUCCCCUCGUCCUGGUCGGCGACGAGAUCCGCGAGGGCGAUACGCUCUUCAUCGUCGAGGCGAUGAAGACGAUGAACCCGGUCCGCGCCCCGCGUGGCGGCCGUGUCACCCGAAUUCUUGCCGAGAACGGCGCCCGGGUCGAGUAUGGCGAGGUCCUGCUGAUCCUCGAGUGA